CUUCUUUAACUAUAAUUUAAAAUAUCAUGUAUCGAUCUUUGACACGACUACAACGGAGUAGCAAUGUCACACUUUCAAAGAUCGUUCGUCAACCUUCUUAUCAUAUGAAACUUGUUCCACGUUACUCAACCACUUCAACUUCUACAACCACCAAACCAACUGGAUCCAACUACGCCAAUGAAUUCAUUCGAGUUAGUCAUCCUACUACAACUCUUAGUGUCUAUAAUGAUCGUUUGACUGCAGCUUUACGGAAACGUUCUCAUCAACAAGGGUUGGAACAAGUGCAAGCGAUCGUUCAAGAAAUGAAAGAUCAAAAUAUUAAGUUCGAUGCUCUCACCUACAACUCAUUAUUGCUUGCCUAUACCCGUGCAAAACAACAAGACACCGCUAUGGAUACUUUAAAUGAAAUGACAGAGAAGGGUUUCAAGCCUACCGUUGAAAGCUACAAUAUUGUGUUACAGUCUUUAGCCAAUAAAACCAAUGCAUCAAAACAAAACAAAGUAAUCGCUAUGAUGGAAGAACAACAAGUACCUUUGACAGCUAUCUCCUAUCAACAUUUGAUUCAAGGCAUGUUAUCAAGGAACAAUCUUGACUUGAUCAUGGGUACUUUGGAAACUAUGAAGGAACGUGAUAUUGAACCAACCUUAUUAUCAUAUAAUUAUGCCAUUGGUUGUUGCCUUUAUGUGAAUGGACCUGAUACUGCCUUUAGUUUGAUGAAAGAAGCUGAAGAGAAAAAUUUAGCUUUGGAAACUGAACCCCGGCUCUUGAUGGAUGUUUUACGUGUCAAUGCUUUGAAUGACAAGUUGGAGGAAACACAAUACUGCUGGAACAAAGUUGUGCUUGAACAUGGUAUUCGACCCGAUGAAGGUACUUGCUUACAGGUGUUACGCGUGGCGGCCAAUUCUGGAGAAAGCAAAUUAGCAACUGAGGUGAUUCGACAACUUAGCAACAAUGGAUAUCCUUAUAAAGAACAUUACUUUAUCCCUCUGAUGGAAGCAUUUGUGGUUAAGGAUGAUUUGAAGAGUGCCUUCAACGUAUUGGAUAUCAUGCGUGUAUCAGGUGUGAUUCCCACUAUGAGAUCUACUUUGGCGAUCAGCAACAAGAUUAGUAGAGAUGUUGAAUCUGUUGACAAGGCAUACUAUUUAUUGGAAGAAAUGAAAAAGGAAGGCAAAACGGUAGAUGUGACGGCAUUUAAUAUUGUAAUUGCAGCAUGUGGAUUGGCAAAGGAUAUUGGACGUACUGUGGCAACCUAUCGGGAAGCUAGUAAUUUAGGUGUUGUACCAGAUGUUGAUACUUUCAAUGCUGUAUUAGAAGCCUGUAUUCAAACUGAAAUGAAAGGAAUGGGACAAAUUGUGAUAGAAGAACUCAAGAAGGCCAAGGUGACUCCUAACGUGGAAACGUUUAGUAAAAUGAUAACUUUAGCUUGUACUCAACCAAAUUAUGAAGAUGCUUUUGUGUACUUGGAAGAAAUGAAAUCUCAUGGUAUAAUUCCUCCUCGACAAUGUUAUGUAGUUUUGGCCAAGAAGCUUGCUUGGGAACGUGAUCCAAGGUACCAUAUUGCUCUGGAAGAAAUGGAAACUUAUGGUUAUAGACCGGGAACUUAUGUCAAGUCUUUAUGGAAAUGAUUAAUAAACUCCUUAGAUUAGAUUAUAUAUAUAAAUAUAUAUUGUUUCACUUGUAAUUUUUUUUUAUAUAUUUCUUGAAUAAAUAAAAGUAAAAAGAUAAAAAGAU